AUGCGUGCUGUUAUUUUGUUCAUUGUAGUAAUUGCUGUAUUCAGUGGCCUCUUGGAGGCAGUGCCAGCUCCUCAGUUCGGUUAUGGAGGCUAUGGCGGCUACGGAGGUUAUCCUGGAGGAUAUGGUGGCUAUCCCGGUGGAUAUGGUGGUUAUCCCGGAGGAUCCUAUGGCGGUGGAUAUCCUGGUUUUGGUGGCGGAUUUGGCGGUGCCCAGGCUCAGGCUCAGGCAUCAGCCACAUCGUAUUCUAGCGGAUUUUAUGGAUAA